GGCGUCCCCACCAUGUUUGGCCUGCGGAGGAACGCGGUGAUCGGCCUGAACCUGUACUGCGGCGGCGCCAGCCUCGGUGCGGGCGGCGGCUCUCCGGCGGGGGCGCGCCUGGCGGCCGAGGAGGCCAAGGCUCGGCGCGAGGGGGGAGGGGAGGCCGCCGCCCGGGUGGUCGCGCGGCCGCCGCCCGUGGGCGCCGAGGACCCCGACGUCGCGGCGGCGGCUCCGGAGCGGCGGCGGCUCGGGUCGCCGGGCCUGCUGGGCGUGCAGCCCGAGGAGACGGCCGCCGCCAUCAUGUCUCCCGAGGAGGAGCUGGACGGCUGCGAGCCGGAGGUGCACAGCAAGCGCCCGGCCGUGCUGCCGCUGCUGGAGCGCUCGGGCGCCGACGGCUCGCUGCCCUCCACGCCGCCGCCGGCCGAGGAGGAGGAGGAGGAGGAGGAGGACGAGCUGUACCGCCAGUCGCUGGAGAUCAUCUCGCGCUACCUGCGGGAGCAGGCGACCGGCGCCAAGGACGCGAAGCCGCUGAGCGAGGCGGGCGCGGCGGGGCGGAGGGCGCUGGAGACCCUGCGGCGCGUGGGCGACGGCGUGCAGCGCAACCACGAGACGGCCUUCCAGGGCAUGCUUCGGAAGCUGGACAUUAAAAACGAAGACGACGUUAAGUCUUUCUCCCGGGUGAUGGUCCAUGUCUUCAAAGACGGCGUGACAAACUGGGGCAGGAUUGUGACUCUUAUUUCUUUCGGUGCCUUUGUGGCCAAACACUUGAAGAGUGUAAACCGAGAAAGCUGUAUCGAGCCCUUAGCAGAAAGUAUCACGGAUGUUCUUGUAAGGACAAAACGGGACUGGCUUGUCAAACAAAGAGGCUGGGAUGGGUUUGUGGAGUUCUUCCACGUACAGGACCUAGAAGGCGGCAUCAGAAAUGUGCUGCUGGCUUUUGCGGGCGUUGCUGGAGUAGGGGCUGGUCUGGCGUAUCUAAUAAGAUAGCCUUGUGAGUGCAAUGGGUGCCUCUUACCUCCAGCCACCAAGCCACAUGCUUCUGUGAAAACAAAUGUAUUUAUGAAGUUGGACUUGAAGCUGCCACGGCUUUAACAAUCCAAGAAUUCCACUCUAGCAACGUAGCCAGAGAGAAACCCAGUGGCUACAGGAUUGUGGCUAACAAGAAUAAAUACAUGGGAAAGUGCUCCCUUUUGAAGAGUUACUGUCUGAAAGAAGCAAAGUUCACUCUACGCAAACUUUGGGAGGCCAUGGAGGAGGACUUGUAGACUGAAUGAAGGUGGGGGUGGAAAGAAAGGUUUGUUUCCCUUGUUUGGCGCUAG